AUGAAUCGAAUCAGACCUCUAUCAAGACGCCAGCUCCAUGCUACCUUGAGCUACCUCAAAGCAUUUCACCCAAGAGACCAUCUUGCCCGGACGAUUUUGCCAACAUUUCAUUUCCAAGGUGCGUUACCGCGGCUGCCUAUUCCUUCCUUGAAUCAAUCCCUGCACAAAUAUAUCACCUCUCUAGAAGCGCUCGAAGGACACCCAGAAAUAACGAAAGAAGAUAUUCAACGAGUUAGAAGUUAUUUGAAUGAAUUCGUGGAGAACGAUGGGCCUGUGCUCGACGCUGAGCUGCGAGCUAGAGACAAGGCGCAUCCCGAGAGCUCGCAUCUCUGGGCUCCGUGGAGCGACAUGUACUUGUCCGACCGUCGCUCGCUGCCGGUAAACUACAACCCUUUGCUUGUCUGGAACGAUCACCCGAAUCCAAAACUGAACAAUCAGAAAUCCCGCGCGGCAAUGUACUGCUGGGCCUCGGCAAAGUACUAUCUCACCCUCGCCGAUGGUCACCUGCCGCCAGAGGUUUUCAACAUGAAAGACCCUCCAAGCGACAAUGUUGCGCGACUCACCAAGCUUCUACCAAAGAUGCGCAUCUCCAUCGCUUCCAAGGGCAUCGACAAUCAAUCGAUUCGAUACUUGCCCUACGCUGCCAACGGAAGCUUCCCACUGGACAUGUCUCAGAUCGAAAACUUGUUCUACUCGACGCGUAUUCCAACAGCGGAAAAAGAUGUGAUAAGAAAAGCUGACGAAAAGGCGAACCACGUUAUCGUCCUCACCCGUGGCCGCUUCUACCUUCUAGACGUACUCAACAAAGGCCCGAACGGUGACAGAAAUGCUCGAUCCGUCGAGGACAUCUACACCGACAUUGAGAAGAUUAUCGACGAUGCCGAGAAAAAAGGCAAGACGGAAUUCGCUGUAUCUGCCUUGGCAAACACUGAUCGAGAUAAAUGGACUGCGAAUAGACAAGAGCUGGUCGAACUAGGAAACGAAUUCGCGCUGAGUUUGAUUGACGAUGCUAUGUUCCUUCUGAAUUUGGAUGAGGAUGACAUAAGACUUGACGUUAAAAACGAAACUUUUUGUGCAACUGACACUACUGGUGUUCUUUCGACCAUGCUCUGGGGCCCAGCGGAAAAUCGAUGGGUGGAUAAAAGCUUCUCCAUCAUCGUGAAACCUGAUGGAACCUCAGGCCUCAAUUUUGAGCACGCUUGGGGCGAUGGAGCGUGCGUAUUGAGCUACUUCAACAAAGUUCAGGAACACAUCCAAUCGGACUGCACCCUCAACCCGGACAUCAAAGGAAUGAGCUCACCUAUCUCUACCGACGCGCCCACGGAAGUCAAGUUCGUCCUAUCUGACAACCUAAAAUCCGAAAUCAAAAGUGCCAUCAACUAUCACAACGAGCAAAUCAACGGGCUUGAAGUUUCUUUUGGCCAGAACUUCGAAGUCAACAGAACUUGGAUGAACUCGCGCAACUUGGGCGCAGAUGGCUUCCUUCAGCUAUCCCUUCAAAUCGCGCAUCGACUUUUGCACGGCUAUCAAUGCGCAACGUACGAGUCCGCAUCAACUUGCGCCUUCCAGCACGGGCGAACUGAAACUAUUCGUCCUUGCACUCAUGAAGCAGUCGAACUCGCCAAGUUCUACGUCAACGCCGACUUUAACAAUGUAGAAGAUUGCCGUGAAAUCGACAGGCUUUUGAGAAAGGCAAUCAAGGUCCACAAUGUAAUGACUAAAGACUGUCUCUCUGGCGAAGGAUUCGAUCGACAUCUCUUUGGAAUCCGAUACCAAGCAACCGUCAAGGGUGCUGAACAACCGAAAUUCGUGCUGGACAAGACCUUUGAAGUAAUGAACUACUUCCGCAUGUCUACAUCCACUCUCAACUCGCCACACGUCAAGCUUGGAGGAUUUGGACCAGUGGUUCCCGAUGGAUACGCGCUCGGCUACAUGGUUUAUGACAACUGGAUCGGAGUGACUGCUUCUGCCUUCCCAGCAAACGGCGUUGAUCCCACUGUAUUUACCCAGACAGCGAACGAGGUCUGGGAGACACUCAAAACUGUAGUCGACAAAGCUGCAAAGAUAAUGGCAGACGAUAAAUCAAAGGAAAAAGCACGCAGAAAGUUGCCUGAAAUGUCGGAAGAAAUGAAGGCGAGACGACCGCCGAGAAGUAAGAUUUUGAAGCCACUUGAUCCGGCCGAAGAAAAGUAUCGAAAGGCAAUGGAACUUAUCAAUCAGCUGCUCACAGAGUUCUCAAUUAAAAAUCGAAAUCUCGAGGCAGCUGGUGAAACCCUCGCCAAACUCAAAAUUCACAUCACGGGCAUGAAUUUCCUUCCUUUGAAGGACAAUGGCUGUGAGGCCGAGGAUGAGAAGAUGGACAUUCCGGAAGAAGAGCCAAAGAGUAAUAAACCGAAAUUUAAAUAUGAUAAAUAUCAUAAGAACAGGGAACUCCGGGUCGCGCGACAGAUGCUCGAAAUUGGCGCGUUAUACUCCCUCGAAAUUCGUGACAUUCCAGCUUUUCAUAGAUACAUCGCCCAGCUCAAGCCCUAUCACUUUGACUUCAGAGAAGUCCUUCCAAAGUCCUAUGAUCGAGUCAAAAUUCUUGGACUAAAUCUCAUGAGCCUUUUGGCAGAGAAAAAUUCGCCGAAGAUGGAGAAAAGCCCAUUUAUCACGCAGCCGCUAAAAAUUGAACGAUGCUUGAUGGAAGGGCGAUAUAACCGGAUACUUGAUCGCAGUUUUAUGCUCCCCGUUUCGGACUAUCGCUACUUCAUGGAGCUCAUACGAGAAACUGUUCGUGACGAAAUCGCUGCAAAUAUUGAAUCUGCUUACAAAGAAAUGAAGACCAGCGAAAUUCAUCGCCUGAUGAGCCUCCAAACUCCAGAACAACUCAAGGAGAUCUGCUCGAAGCACAAAUGGGACUACGACGAGAACGUUAUCGUAUUCCCACGUGAAGAAGUCAAGGAAGGCAUCCCUUCGAAGGAAGUUACAGAAAAAAUGCUCGAAUAUGCCUGCGACUUGGAAAUGAUUGUCUAA